UUCUUCCCGCCUUUACCCAAUCCAUCAACGUUGGCUCUAUAUAGCCAUUACGUUAAAAAAUUUCCCCCCUAUUUCCCCUCUCUCACUGUUGCUCUCAAUAAAUUUCCCCCUCUCCUCUCAUUGUUGCUCUCAAUAAAGUUGCUCUCAAUUUUGACAGAUUAUAUGGAUAGAUACAAAAGUGUGCCUCUUGUCUUGUCUCGUAACAUAAAAAAUAAAGAAAAUCUGGACAGGUUCAUUCCCAAUCGCUCUGCGAUGGAUUUUGACUAUGCACAUUACAUGCUCACUGGUGGCAAGGUUAAAAAGGAACACGUUGGAGUAAAUUCUUCAUCUUACUUGAAGCUUUUAGCAUAAGUUUUCAACAUGAACAGAACGAGGAUCCUUGCUUUUAAGAAUAAAGCUCCACCUUCGGCUGACAGAGUUUCUCAAUCUCCAUCACAUAUUCAACAGUCAAAAACCGUUAAAAAGAAGAGAUACAUUCCCCAAUCUGCGGAGAGGACCCUGGAUGCUGCUCCCGACAUCCUAGAUGAUUUUUAUCUCAAUUUGUUAGACUGGGGAAGCAGUAACGUUAUUGCCAUUGGGUUAGGGAAUUCUGUUUAUCUGUGGGAUGUGGGAUGCUUCUGAUGGGUCGACUACUGAGCUUCUCACCAUUGGUGAUGAUUUUGGGCCCAUGACUAGCGUCAGCUGGUCACCAGAUGGAAGACGCCUUGCAGUUGCCUUGAAUAAUUCACACGUUCAGCUGUGGGACACCUUGCAGGGGUCUAGCCGAUUGCUGAGGACGUUACGAGGACACAAAUUAAGGGUUGGCUCACUUGAUUGGAAUGACAACAUACUGACAAUUGGAGGCAUGGAUGGUAUGAUCAUCAACAAAGACGUGCAUGUAAGAUCCCACGUAGUUGGAACAUACAGGGACACACUCAGGAGGUAUGUGGAUUGAAGUGGUCUGUGUCAGGCCAGCAGUUGGCUAGUGGAGGGAACGAUAAUUUGGUCCAUGUAUGGAGCCUGUCGAUGGGGUCUCCUAACAAUUCACACCAAUGGAUCCACCGAAUGAAAGAUCAUACAGCUGCUGUAAAAGCUCUUUCCUGGUGUCCUUUCCAGAUUAACAUGAUUGCCUCAGGUGGUGGCGUUGGAGAUUAGUGCAUCAAGUUUUGGAACACCAAUACCGGGGCAUGCUUGAACUCUAUCAACACAUGUUCACAAGUCUGUUCCUUGCUUUGGAACAGACACGAGCGCGAGCUUUUGAGUUCUCACGGCUUUACCGACAACCAGGUCACUGUUUGGAAGUAUCCUUCUAUGACGAAAAUUUCAGAACUUUUCGGUCACACAUUACGAGUUCUUCAUAUGGCUCAGAGCCCGGAUGGCUAUAUUGUAGCGACUGCAGCAGCGGAUGAGACACUAACAUUAUGGAAUGUUUUUGGGAAUCCUGAAGAGAAUAAGCCUGUGCUAAAGAGAAAGCUAGAGCCAUUUUUUAACUUGGCACAGAUUAGAUAAGUAUUGGAGUCGGUACAGAGAAGGUACUUACACGAGAUGCCUCAAGGAUUUGCGGAUAGUAUGACACUGCAGCAAAUUGAGUUACAUGGAUGUAGGCUUUCCCUUGUGACUUUUGCUGAGCAGAUCCAGAAAGAGCAGUUAGAGAGUUCGGGAAGUGACAUGCUCAAAGUUUAUGCCUUCGACACAAUUAGAGAAUUUGAUGGAGAUCAUGGAGAAGUAAUGAAAAUGGUUGAAGAAGAUUCAAACAAAGAUUUACAGAAUUUCAUCUGAAUUUCGUAUAUUCUGAAGGUUCUUUUCAAAAUUAGAAAUCGAGAUGGCUGCUGUAACUUCUCUGUUGGGAACAAUUAAAAUAAUUCUGAUGAUGAAAAUGAAGUACGAUUUGCUGAAAGGGUCAAAGAUCUAGCACGUGAAGUAGGAGACAAAGUUGAGUUACACAUUAGGAAGAGGCUCAUAAGGUGCUUCUUAAGAUAAUAUAACGAGUCUUCCACCUUCCAACAAAGGCCAAUAAAAAGGCUUCUUUAAGAUUUUAUGACGAGCUACAUAAGACAUCGACUUUGUGAUGCAAGGACUCAUAAAGCUGAAGGAGAGUAAUAGUGAGCUGGAAAUUUGUCAUUUGGUGGUUCUAGUUCACCACGAUCGCAUGUUUCAACCCUUGAGAACAACAUGGAGUAACCGGUAAAGUUGUUGUCAUGUGACCAUGAGGUCAUGGGUUCAAGCCUUGGAAACAGCCUCUUGCAGAAAUGCGGAUUAGAAUAGAAGGUUAGUAGAUAGCAACAUAUUGUUGUUAUCUGUCCACACUCGUAGUUGUAAUAUUGCUCCUAUUAUUUCUUGUAUUUUGAUUAUCUAUAUUGUUUUGUUGUAAUUAGUGUCAUGUUGCUACUUGUUGAUUUGUUACUAAACAUUAUUUCUUGUACUUUUAUUACUUUCUUUUAUAUUUAUAGGCUGCUUUGGACUAUUUUUUCCUUAAGUCAAGAGUUUACCAGAAACGAUCUAUAUACCUCUAAGUUAGUGGGAAUGUGAAAAUUGUUCCGUUUUAGUUUGCAAGGUUCCUUGUUCUGAUUGAGUAAUAUUUCUCUUAUCAACUUUUUUUGGUAUUCCUCUUUAUGUUUGUAUAGUUUUUGGUAUUGCAAUACUAAUAUAGUUACUUAAUGUGACUGAUUCAAUAUUCUUGAUUUCUAGUUUUGAGACUGCAUAGAAAAGCUAGGGAGGCAGAAUAAGAUUUUUUUUUUUUCCUGUAAUAUAUGUUUUAGAAAAGCAUUCAAUGUGCCAAAGCUUGUGUGGUUGAAUAUGAACAUGUUAUUUGAUUUAGGUAAGGUUGAGGGGCUUUCAUCUGAACAUAUCGUGUGUUUACGUCUUUAUAUAUUUGUAUUGCUUCUGCCUUCUUGUCUGGUUCAUAUAAUUUUUCUAGUUUGAAGAAUCUAGGACUGUUUCAAUAUUCUGUAAGUCUAUUCAGACCAGCUAUCAGUCACCGUUUGGUUAUUAAUAAUACUAUACUUUGGUAAAAAUAUUGUAUUGUUGAGACUUUCUGUUACUCUCUUAAGGGAAUGACUGGAUUUAUUGUUUGUUCUGUUAUUCUCUUAGGGGAAUAACUAGGCUUUUUGUUGUUCUAGGCAAACUUCAUGAGAGUUACAAUUGCUUGAAAUUAAUGACUACCUAUGUUGACUGUGAUAUAUCGUAUCUCUUUUUUGUUUGUUUUGUUAUUCACUGUACACAGAUUGCUUUAAACUAUUUUUUCUUGAGCCAAGGUUUAUCGAAAACCCUUGUAGUGGGGUCCUACCCCGGACCCUGCGCAUAACGGGAGCUUUAGUGCACCAGGCCGCCCUUGGCAAAAUUCUUAGCUUCGCCAAUUAAGUCUGGGACUAUAGUCCCACAAUAAUUUAGUCCGUGUAACAAACGACCACUUUACAAUGUGCAAUAGUUGACUUCUGUUUGGCCAUUUUUCUUCCUUAUCCCUUGUUUGUGUGGACCAAAUUGAAUGAGGGAAAGCAACAAAAAUAUGUCUCUUUUUUGUUUGUUUUGUUAUUCUCUGUAGUCAGACUGGUUUGAACUGCUUUUCUUGAGCCAAGGUUCAUCGAAAACAACCUUUCUAUCUUUGAUGUAGGUCCCAUGAUAAUUUAUUCCGCGUAACAAACGACCCCUUAUUGUGUACAAUGUGCAAUAGUUGACUUUGGCAAACUAUGUUGUUUUGUGUACAACAGUUGAGAGCCAUUAAGAUCUCUGAAGGUACUUGUUUGGGAAAUGGCUGCCUAUGCAGCUGUGACUUCUCUGAUGGGAACAAUACACCUUGUAUCACAAUCCAACAUGGAUCUGCUGGAAGAUCAUAAAGAACAGUUGAAAUUACUCUACGAGAAGGUUGGCUCUCUGCUAGAGUUUCUUGAUGAUGAAACAAUGAUAGAUUUGCGAAAAGAGAUCAAGAAUGUAGCAGAAAAAGUAGAAGACGAAGUUGAAUCAUACAUUCAAAGAGAGGCUCAAAGGACGCUUCUUAAGAUCCUGCGACGAGUCCUGCACCUUCCAACAAAGGACAAUGGGAAGCUGUUUAGGUUCUGUCAACGAGUUAUAGAAGACGUUGAUUCUAUCAAGGAAAAUCAGCAGAAGAAGAAGAAUAACAAUUCUCAAAUUAGAAAUAACCCUUCCCUUGUUGGUUCUAGUUCACCACAAUUCCAUGUUUCAUCCCUUGAGAAUGACAUGGGGGGGCACAAUAGAUUGUAUGCGAAGUCAGCUUAGGGGAUGUUCGUCUCAACUGGAAGUCAUAUCCAUCGUUGGUAUGGGCGGUAUUGGUAAGUCUACUUUUGCCAAAAAGAUGUAUUAUGAUCCCUCAAUUGUGAGCUUCUUUGAUAUUCGUGGAUGGAUUACUGCGUCCAAGGACUAUAAUUAUCGAAAUAUACUUGCAUGCCUCCUUCAAGAUGCUAUUGGGGUGAAGGAAAAGCUUGAUAAAUUCAGCGAUGAAGAUCUAGAAGAUCAUUUGCAAAAAGGUUUGAAGGCAAGGAGGUAUUUGAUUGUUGUGGAUGACAUAUGGAGCAUGGAAGCCUGGGAUGAGUUUAAACUAGGUUUCCAGAAAACAAUAAUAGAAGUCGAAUAUUAUUGACUACUCGUGACAUGAAGGUUGCUGAAUAUGCUAGCUUUCCGAACGUUCCUUUUCCAAUGCGUUUCCUGGAGCAAGAGGAAAGUUGGAAUUUGUUUCGCCCAAAGGCAUUUGACAAAAAAGUCUGUCCUAUGAAAUUUGACAAUGUUGCAAAGGAAGUUGUGAAAAACUGCAAAGAAUUACCACUUGUGAUUUCUACGGUUGCAGGAACUUUAUCCGGCAAGAGGACGCUGGAUGAGUGGUGGAAAGUAGCUCAAACUGUGAGCUCACUAGUAAACCUUGAUGAUUAUCAACGUUGCUCAGGAGUACUCGUUUUGAGCUACAAUCAUCUUCCUCCGCACUUGAAGUCUUGCUUUCUGUAUUUUGGAGUUUUCCCAAAAGCUAGAGAGAUUUCAGUAAAGAAGUUGCUUAGACUAUGGACUGCAGAAGGACUCUUAGAGCUAAAAGGGCUCGAGGAACCAGAAAAAUUGGGUUCUAGUCUUUUACAAGAUCUUAUUGAUAAAAGUCUAGUUGUCGUUGGCGAGCAGAGUUUGGACGGUAAAAUCAAGGCAUAUCGAAUUCACGAUCUUCUCCAUGAUUUAUGUUUGGGAGAAGCUGAAAGUGAGAAUCUCUUGUAUGUUUUAAAUCCCCCAGUUUCUAAAGGACACCAAACAGUUUUUCCUAAAGGUAGUCGGUGGGUGUCACUUCAUUCAACACGAGGUUACUUUUCUUCCAUUCGUUUUGAUGAUCUUAUGCGUAGCAAAACGCGCUCUCUUCAUAUUUCUUUCAGUAUAAGCAUAGAUCGUCUUGUGUUAAGACUAAACCAUUUCAAAUUUCUUAGGGUACUGGACUUGGAGAAAGUGAGCUGCUACGAUUUACCUAGAGAAAUAGUACAGUUAUCUUCAUUAAGGUAUUUUUCUAUGAUGGUUUGUAAGAUUACUAAAGAUCUAUCGAUUUCCAAACUUUGGAAUCUGCAAACUUUAGUCUUCCGUCAAAGUUAUCGAGGAGCAAGCCCUCCCAUUAUUUUAUCAAAUGGAAUUUGGGAAAUGUCUCAAUUGAGGCAUCUCCAGGGGAUGUACUUGUGUUCUCCUCCACAAUUAUCAGCUAAUGAAGUUAAGUAUCGGGCUCUGGAAAACUUGCAAAGUGUUUCUGGGUUGAGUUCGCGUUGUUGCACAAAGGAAAUCUUUGAAGGGAUUAAGAAAGUGAAAAAAGUGCAGAUUUUUGACAUGGUGCAUGAAAUUUGUAGUAAGCUCAAAUGCCUAGAUAAUCUGAUAUGUUUACAUGAGCUCGAGGAGCUAAGUAUUGAAGGUUACAUAUAUAGUUUCAUAAGGCUUCCGCGUCUGGAAUUUUUCCCACCAAAUCUCACGAAACUGACAGUUAACAAUACUCGUCUACCUUGGAAGGAAAUGACGAUCAUUAGCAAGUUGCCCAAACUCAAAGUGCUUCAAUUGAAGAAAUAUGCCUUUGAUAUGAAAAUAGUCUGGGAGUUAACAGAGAUGGGAUUUCCUGAAUUAAGAUUCUUGCUCCUCGAGGAGUCGACACUUGUUUAUUGGAGAGCCGCCGAUGAUUAUUUCCCAUGCCUUGAGCGUGUAGUUAUCAGAAACUGCAGGUACUUACACGAGAUUCCUCAAGGAUUUGCGGAUAGUAUGACACUGCAGCAAAUUGAAUUACAUGGAUGUAGGCCUUCCCUUGUGACUUUUGUUGAUCGGAUCCAGAAAGAGCAGUUAGAGAGUUCGGGAAGUGACAUGCGCAAAGUUUAUGCCUUCGACACAAUUAGAGAAUUUGAUGAAGAUCAUGGAGAAGUAAUGAAAACGGUUGAAGAAGAUUCAAACGAAGAUUUACAGAAUUUCAUCUGAGUUUCGUAUAUUCUGAAGGUUCUAUGCAGAAUUAGAAAUCAAGAUGGCUGCCGUAACUU